GCAGGCGGCUGGUGAUACAGAUGCGGCGCGUGGUUCGAAAAAAUGAGCAGCGCGACGCCAACUAUGCUCAUAAGUGGGUUGCAGGUGCCCCAAGCGGCUUACGGGGUGCAAAGAUCUGGGAGAAAUAGGCAGAGCUCACUCGGCAGAGCUGCCUACCCCCCUUUGAGCCACUCAGGGCGUUGGCAACCCAUUCGCAAGCUGGCAAAACCCAGGUGUUGCCCAGAUCACCCCGUUCGACCAGCUCCGAGCCGAGCCGAGGAGGGGGAAGAGGAGGAGGAGGAGGAGGAGGGGGAGGAGGAGGAGGAGGAGGAGGGAAUGAGCAGUAUCAGCAACAGUAGCAGCAGUCGUAAAGCUGGCCGUAAAAAGUUCUGGCGACAGAAUUCGGUAUCGCGCACAUCUGGCGGUUACCGCAACUCUAACGCUCGCUGCUGCUUCGGGCGUCCGAUGAAGUAACUGGCUGGUGACCUUGUGACUUGCCUACAGGUGCGCUGACAAGGGAACAGGAGGAGAAGAGGAGAGGAAAACGCGGAGGAACCGUUCGCCUUCUGAGGCCAUCCUACAGGCCAUCCUACAGAGCAUCGCGUUCGCCUCAACCACUCUCCCCAAACACCUGUCUCCCUCUUCCCCUCAAGGUGACCGACGAAUACCAGUCAUCGAUGCACAUUCACAGAACGGCUUUUUUAGGAUGAGCUGGUGGGGGUUCGCUAAGCAUCAAUAAUUUGUGUUUAUUGCUCCUUGGUGCAACGGAGGGAUUCCACCAUGGACGCAUAAUCUGCGGCCAGAAGCGCAAAAUCGCGCAUGCCGAGAUGCGCGACGCCUGCAGUUGCAACAUGAUCCGCCACAGUCCAAAAAUUCAAUAUCCAAUGGUACGAAUGAGCCAGUUGUAGCUGGGGCCGUCCUCUCCAUCGCUGGGACUUCCAGUUUCGAAGCAAACAAAUAUUUGCGUGGCCAUCUCGGAACACCAUGUUUCUCGAUACAAUGUUGGGGCGCUCACCCAAACAGAAACUUCACGGACUCAUUGGGCGUUUUGUAUGGAAUCUUCAGACAAUCCUGCAUGGUAACACAACUGUUUUGUUCAGAACACUGACACUUGUUACUUGAUGUAUGUCCGCAAAAAACGUUAUUAUCCAGGAGAACAACCUGGAGGCGGUGCCGGUGCAGGAAGGCUGCUUCCCGAAAGGCAGCUUGGUCCGUAUAACUCUGUCUGAGCAUGCCGGGCACACGAUUUUGCUUCACAUAAAGCUCAAGGACGGUGCGCAAGAAUGCACGCGUUGCGUUUGAUUUGCGAACCAUGACUCCAGAGCCGGAAUCAUGUUCAGGGAAGUGCUUAUAUUCUUCCAGUACUGGAUCAAUCGAAGCAUCAGAAACAUACAAAUCAUUAUGACCACCUGUUGCACCAAAUUUACUAUGGGUGUGGGACCAGAAAAGAUCAUGAUUGGGACGUGCUUGCCAUUUUGAGACGAGGGAUUCUGCCCAGCCCGGGCAACGGAGAACGUCCCCGUCAAAAACCACGGCAUAUUCGAAAUUUGUGUUCAACAGUGCAUAUGCUUUGCCAACAUGUCCACCAGCCGUCCCACUCAAAUCAAGAGAAGGGGCCACCUUGAUAUGGCCAAGUUUCGGAAGCACGCGAAGGGCGAUUGUUGCAGAGUGCAAGCGCAAAUAAUCAUGCAUCUCAUCAGAAAGACCUGUGCUUGGUCCAAUCCAUAGUUCAAUUGGAACGAAAGGUGCUGUGCUCUGGGCAUUUUGAAGCGAAACCAAAACCAUGCCUGGUACUGUACCGUUUCCCCGCGAAUCUACAAGCACUAAGCCUAAGUUCGCAGGUUUUGCAAACUGAACUGUUAUGUUUGCCCUGCGCGACUUAGCACCAACAGUGUACAUACUCCGUUGUUUGUGCAAUAUUCGCAUUUCCAACAAGAGCCCCAAUAUAAAAAAAACAGCAAGGGCGACACGGAUGCCCAGCCAUUGGUGAUACCGUGCGCCAUUGCGAGUUGAAGCACUGUCAAUCACCAACGGCGAAAAGGAUGCCUCCCCGUUGCUGAUACCAGGCCUCAUUGCGAGUGGAAGCGCUCUGAAGAUCACAGGCAAGAACUACCACACAUUGCUUGAGCCAGACUUGCUCGCCCCUUGGGCCGCCUUGGCCUUGG